UCCGCUUAGGUUUACUUCUACCAUUAUUUCUCACUUACGAAUAACCUCUCCGCCUCCCUUCUCUUUCUCUCUCAUCUUCCUUUCUCCAGAACUCCAUUGUUGAGACAUCAACCCCUCUUUAUCUCUCCUUCAUUUGAAAUCUGCUCUAACCAUCCUAUCCCUAUUUGUCUAUUUUCUCGGAAAAAUCAAGCUCGAUAUGUGAAACAUGGCACGAAGAGGUAAAAUCGUAGAUUCCGCUGUCACGUCUCGAAGCAGUAAAACUCGGGUUUCCAGUGCGUCGCCAUUUCUGCAAAUUAGUUCUUCGUCAUCAAAUCGUAUGUUUAUUGCAGCAGAGCUUUCGGUAGUUCAUUGGAGCACAAAAUAAUAAAUUGAAGCACGCGGAGAACCCGGAUGAAAAUGUAGUAGAAUGUGCAUCGGUGAACAGAAUGGGCAUUGGGACUGUAGGGGAACAUAGGGAUUCAAUGGUCAAGAUAAGAAAGCUGAUUAUGAAGUGAAGGUAAGCGGGGUUGAAAUAUCACCUAGUCCAGUCACCGGAGGUCACCCAGCUACCUUCAGCAUCUCUGCGUCUACUGAACUUUUGCUCUCCUUUAAAAGGGCCAUGGGACAAAAGCCUCUGAGGAUAAUAUUUUACAGGGAUGGUGUCAGUGAUGGGCAGUUCUAUCAUGUUCUACUGUAUGAACUUGAUGCCAUUAGAAAGGCAUGUGCGUCACUGGAACCGGGCUAUCAACCCCCAGUUACAUUUGUUGUGGUCCAAAAGCGUAAUCAUACUAGAUUAUUUCCAAACAAUCACAACGACAAGAGAAGUACUGACAAGAGUGGGAAUAUCUUACCCGGCACAGUGGCAGAUACUAAAAUAUGUCACCCAACCGAUUUUGAUUUCUUUCUAUGCAGUCAUGCUGGUAUUCAGGGAACCAGCAGACCAGCUCAUUACCAUGUUCUCUGGGACGAUAACAAAUUCUCAGCUGAUGAGAUACAAUCUCUAACGAACAAUCUUUGUUAUACAAGCAAGGGAAACACUAGAAGAUUCUGGGCAGCAACUUUUUUUUUUUUUUUUUUUUUUUUGUUGGGUGUCAAGAGAAACCGUUAGAUGGAAUACAUUGUU